UGUAUAAAAACACAUGGACCUUGGCAAAUUUCUGCCUAAAAUCACUGAGGGAAGUCUCAGGAAGGUGGCGUGCGCCGCUGGCGUGGUACUGUUGGGUUCAGCCGGCUUGAUUUAUUACCGCCGUUGGCGCAGAACCAACCCGCCACCUGAGCUCUCUCAGCCGGCCACGAAUGGUAAACAACACACCCCCCUCCCCGACCAUGAAGAAAGACUGGAUGAGACCAGUGAUCUUCAGGUCGACAUGCCAAACUGGCAAUUGGUGGCCACUGACCCGCUGCCCACAGAGGAAGCCGUGAUUCCGCAUUCUGGCAAUUGUGGACUGCAGAGCACAUCCAGAAUCAUCCGGUUCCUCUCUACUGAAUGUCACCGUUCUCAGUCUGAGUCAGUGCAGCUCAGACGACGCUUUGUGUGUGUGGUACAAGGGUCAGAGAUCCAGCAGUGGUGGUUCACCAUUGCUGACACCUGCCGUGUAAAUCAUCUUGGUUUCCCCUACUACACCACCAGUGAAGUUUCUUUCACUGGCAUACAUAGUAUUUCUGGAACGGUGACUGCAUUUGUGUCCUGUCGCCGCUUGGAGACCUUCGCUAACGUCCUGCUGGAGGACCGUGUGCAAACCUUCCACGAGGUGACCAGGGACUGCAGCCAGCUGUGGGCCGACGGACAGGAGGACGCCGCUCACUGUGUGGAGAACUCCAGCUUUUACACACCGUACAUGGACUUCGAGAGCGACUCCGAGGGCAGCGACGAGGGCAGUCUUUCUCCCGAGGAGAGCGAGGUGCCUUUCAUCAGCUGCCACCUCAAGGACUGCGGCAUCGCAGACGUCGCCCUGAAGCUGCCUGCGCUCCGUGAGGCGUUCUUCACCCUGUUGACCAGCGUUCACCUCCAGAACUUGCUGUUUGUGAGCGGCAAAGAGCUGGUGAUGCACCUAGCAGCCCUGAACAAUCAGGAUGUGCUCAAGGUGCAGCUCUCUUACGAGGCUCUGAUUCGCUUCCUAAGAGGAGCAGCCAAUCGGAGCUCAAUCGAGCUGGAGAUGUUGGAGAUACAGCUGCACUUGAACUUUCUCGAUGUGCUGUAUGAACUCGUCGUGUUCGGCUGGUUCACGUUCGACUCUGCACCCGAGUUUAUGGAUGGAGGAUUCCUGGAUCAACUGUUUAAGCACAUCAUGAGUUGGGACCCGGAGAUCUGGGAAACUGCAGCUCAGCAAUGCUUCCUGGCUCUUCAAGAUCAGCUGACCGAAUUCCUCCGAGUGGUUUUCUCGCAGCCACUGGAGCUUUAUGAAGAUCCCAAAGGCCUGGCUCAUGUGGUGCUGGAGCUCCUGAAGCGGCACGUCCAGCAGAUGCUGCAGACCACGAAGAAAUACUGAGCAACCCUCUCCAUUUUACACGUAGAUAUAAUGUUUAGAUUGAACAGCUCACUUUAUUGAGAAACACUUAUCAGGUUCUUGUUGCUCAGAUUUCUCGUGAGGUAAGUAUGCCGUUUUUAUCGUUUCUAUAAUGAACAAACACUAACGUUGGUCGUGCUUCUCUUUCACAGGUUUAUCAGGGUAUUUUAAUAGCUCUUUUGUCAGUUUUAUUACCACUGAUAGAUAAUGAUAAUACUUUUUUAUGAUACUUACUGUGAUUUAUGUUAUGUUGUGUAGAAAUGAAAGUGAUUCCACAAUAGAGAUGAAUUAUUUAAAGAUGUGUUUUGGGUUUAAAGCAUUUUAGUACGUAUACGGUCAUUUUUUUAUUGUGAACUUGUGUAUUGUUUGUUUGUUUGGGUUUUACACUUGUGGUUACAUUCAUGACAAGAACGGUCGUUACACUCAUUACACAAGGUUCAUCACACGAGUUUAUGUCUGCAACACAGUCUUGUCUCCAAUUCACCUCACUUGCAUGCCUUUGGACUGUGGGAGGAAACCGGAGGACCCGGAGGAAACUUACACGGACACGGAGAGAACAUACAAACUCCACGCAGAAAGGACCCGGACCGCCCCACCCGGACCUUCCUGCUGUGAGGCGACGGCGCUACACACUUUGCCGCCGCGCCGCCCACUCGUGUAUUGUGUUUGUAAUUCCUAGUUAAAUAAACUGCUUUUGAAUCAA